AUGCUGGAUCAGAUCGCGAGUCUCAAACGCAAGCUUCAUCGUAAACGUAUUCCGACAGGUUACCCGAAUAUACCGACUAAUGUACUACAUGCGAAGCACGUUCGCAUGGAAAUGACUCGUCGUGUUGACCUGGGCGACAUUGAAGGUGCCGACGUGGUCAGGCUGGCCGUGUUGACGUCGACAGCGACGCUCGGAGACGAGGAGAGACUGCGUCGAGAGGAAGAUCGGGAAGCUGAACGUCGUCAGAGACAAGAAGAUCAGGAGGAAGAGCGCAAACGACAUCAAGAAUUGAUAGCGUAG